GUCACAACGCCGGCACUCCUCCCGGGGGCGGCAGGGCCUCGGCGUCUGUCCCGCAGGGAUCUGGGGAUGGUGGGCCCGGGGAUGGAGGCCCCCGGCAGCGAGCGGGGCCCCAAGGCCAAGCUGAGCCAGCGCAGCCAGGAGCUGCGAGCGCUGGUGGGACUGCAAGAGCAAGGCGGCAAGGUUUUCGCUCAGUCCUGCGAGGAAAAGCUCCGACAGAACAGGGAGCUGCUCCCCAGCCUGCAGGCGGCCUUGCAGGAGGAUUCCAGUGUCCUGAAGUUUGUCCUGAAGUACAACAAACUCCCCAUUAAGGAUGCGUUCGGAGAGGGCCAGGAGCUCUUUUCAGCCACUGAGAGCCUGGAGGUGGUCAUAAAGAAGAUCGAGGCCAAAGUCCAUGAGCAGGUGAAGGUGUGUGACAUGCUGCUGCACCAGCUGAGGCAGUGGAGCCAAGCCAGGGAUGAGCGCCAGAGGCACCUGCAGGAGCUGCAGGAGGCUGAGGUGGAUCCUAAGUGGCAAGAGCCACAACUGCAGACCAUUCGCCAGCUGGGCAACGACAUUGAGAAGAUGCUCAUGAAAAUUCACAGUGGAGAGAUGGUGACCAACCUGUACCUGCGGCUGCAGGAGGUCCUGAGGAGGGAGCUGGUGUACCUGCCUCGAUACCUGGACCUCCUGUGCGGGAUGACUGUGAUGUACCACGAGGAGCUCAGAGCCCGGAGCAGCCUCAAAGCCAACAAUGCCAUCAAGAAGCUCAUGGCUGAGGCAGGACCCCAGGUGCGUGCGGAGAAGCAGCUCAGGGACCAGUCCCUGGCUGAGCAGAGGAAGCACAUCGAGAGCCUCCGGCGGCAGGAGGAGAGCGAAAGGCAGCAGAGGCAGCAAGCUGUGUCCAUGCUCUCUGAAGAGCAGGACCUGAGCUCCUCGGACGUGCUGGUGGGCGCCGACGUGGAGGCUGCCAAGGCCAAGAUGCAGCGCGAGGCCUUUGUGACCGACAAGAUGGAGAAGGCAAAGUCUGCCCUGCAGUGCUCCCGCCUCUGGGACAUCCCCAGCAGCAUCGAGGCCCAGAGGAGGUCCCUGGGGAGUCUGCAGCAGCACAUCGAUGAGUGCAAGGAGAGGAAGACGGAGCUGAAGAAGACACUGGAGGAGCUGGAGUUGCAGCAGGCUAAACUGAAGUUUAACGAGCCUGUCAGCACCACCAGGCUGCGGGAGGAGGAGCUGAGGCAGAACCUGCAGCAGGAGGAGGCCCGGCUGGAGCAGAUGCGAGCCCAGAUGUCCAAGAGCCAGAAGCGCCUGAUCGAGUUUGAGAACAUCAUUGACAACCUGUACCUCCUCCUGCAGGGCAUCCUCAUCCCUGGCCAGCAGGACUCUGCUGCCGUGGUGGGGCUGGAGGAGAAGCUGCAGGAGUGUGAGAAGAAGCUGCAGUUCCUGAAGGAGAGGCUGGCAGCCCGGCCUGAGGACAGCACUGAUGAGCACGGCGAGACUUUUGCCAAGGUCAGGACCCUUCUGGAGAAAAGAACUGCAGAAGAAACCCGCAACCUGAAGAUUUCCUUUGAGGAUGAAGAGGCUAUGGAAGAUGACACCUUGGAUUUUGAGGACGAAGACCAUGACUACAUCCCCAGCCGGGAGGACAUCAAGAAGCAGGGGCUGCAGCUGAUCAGGAUGAACACCAGACGUCGCAAGAAGAAGCAGUAGUUUUUCCACGUGAGGUUUUGAGGACCCCAGGCCACCCAUUGUACCCUUUUCCCAGCAGUGAAUAAAUCAGAUCUUUUUCAUUCC